UAUGGAUAUAAAAAUAUAAACUUAAAGCUCAACAUUCUUGAUUUAUAUUGAAAAUUUUACAAUUCAAGAUCUUAAAUGGAAACUAAAAAGGUUAGGAAUAGAGUUGAAAGACAUAGUGAUAUAGUAUAAUUUUGAAAGCAUAAGUUUAGUUUUUAUGAUAAUGAUGGUGACAAAAUUGUGAUUAUCGAUGACAAAGAUGUUGAGUAUGGCUAUCAAUAAGGAAACUUAAAAAUUAGAAAUAGAAUUAAAUUUUAUAUUUACUAUAAGCUAAAGCAACCUAGAAUAAACAUUAUAUAGAAUCAUAUAUAGGAUCACAAGGAAUUAACCAUAUCGGAUGGAAGUGAGUAGAUUCAAAAAUCGAAUAACUCGAUAAUCGAUCUGCCUUGUUUUCCUGGCGUUGAAAAAAGAGAAGACAGAUUGAAGCAAAUGAUAGAAAAUUACAUUGAUACUCUUUUACGUGAAUAGUAUGAAAUUUGA